AUGUUAGAAUCUGAAAAAUUAGAAUGGAUUCGCAAGAAUCAACCAAAACUUAGGGUGUCCAAGUAUAAUUCUCUUAAUGACGAGGGUGAACAAAGUCAAAUUCCAGGUUCAAGCAUCGGUAAAAGAGUGGUUUUGCCUUCGUCCUUUGUUGGCGGUCGUAGGUUUAUGGAUCAACUGUACUAUGAUGGCAUGGCUAUUUGUAGUAAGAUUGGUUUUCCAGAUUUGUUCAUCACUUUCACUUGCAAUCCUAAUUGGCCGGAAAUUCAUAGAGUUCUUCAACCACUGCAUUUGAAACCACAAGAUCGUCCGGAUGUCGUUUCAAGAAUCUUCAAAAUCAAGUUUGAUCAGUUGCUAGCUGAUUUGACAAAAAAUGGUGUAUUAGGCAAAGUACUCGCAUAUAUGUACACCAUCGAGUUUCAAAAGAGAGGGUUGCCACAUGCACAUAUACUACUAUUUCUGCAUCCGUCUAAUUAUCCACGACCAGAAGACAUUGACAGGAUCAUUAGUGCCGAAGUUCCUGAUCCCUUGCAACACCCCAGGCUGUACAAUUUGGUUAAGUCUCAUAUGGUUCAUGGUCCCUGUGGCUUGGCAAAUCAGAGAUCCAUUUGCAUGAAAGAUGGGAAGUGCUCCAAGUAUUACCCAAAAAAAUUUCAACCUACCACUAUAGUUGACCAAGAUGGCUAUCCAGUUUAUAGGAGAAGAAACAAUGGAAACACAAUUGAAAAAAAUGGGAUAAUCUUUCAUAGUGGACAUGUUGUACCGCACAACCCAAGUUUGUUGUUAAAGUACGAAGCACACAUCAACAUGGAAUGGUGCAAUCAAAGUACUUCUAUCAAGUACCUUUUCAAAUACAUCAACAAAGGUUCAGACAGAAUUUCUGCUGUUAUACAAGGCCAUGAGGCAUGUUGGAGGAUAUUUGCAUAUUCCAUACACGGCAGAAAACCAGCGGUAGAGAGAAUGUAUUUUCACUUGGAGGGAGAACACUCUGUUUACUACAGAGAUCACGAGCAAGUUGGUGAUGUUCUCCUCAAACCAAGUGUUACCGAAUCAAUGUUUACAGCUUGGUUUGAGGCAAACAAUAGUUUUGAAGAGGCAAGGCUUUUAACUUACGGUGACUUUGUUUCUAAAUUUGUUUAUCAUAAACGGAGUAGGAGUUGGAAGCCAUGGAAAAGAGGGUAUACCAUUGGUCGUCUUUGUUGGGUGCCUCAAUGCUCAGGUGAAUUGUUUUAUUUAAUAAUGACGUUAACUGUUGUUAAAGGGCCAUUAUGUUACAAUGACAUCAAGAAAGUUGAUGGUGUUCAACAUAAGACUUUUAGAAAGGCAUGUUUUGCUAUGGGUUUCCUUCAAGAUGAUCGAGAAUUUAUUGAGGCAAUCAAAGAGGCACAUGUUUGGGGUUCAGGUUUAUUCUUACGAAAGUUAUUUGUUACUAUGCUUUUGUCAUCAUCCAUGAAUCGGCCAGCACACGUAUGGAGAAAGACUUGGAAGUAUCUAUCGGAUGGUAUUCUUUACGAACAACGGUUGGUGGCAGCAAGAAAUCAAGAAUUGACACUUACCGACGAGGAACUUCAACAGCUGACUUUGAUGGCUAUUGAAACACUAUUACAAAAUAACAACAAAACAUUGAAAGACUAUAAGCCAAUGCCAUAUCCGAAAGAUUAUGUUGUUUCCUUCUCGGGUAAUAGGCUUAUUUAUGAUGAGCGUCAAUAUGAUCCUAUUGCUCAACAAGAGCUAUUUGCAGGGUUAUACGGUUCUCUAACAAGUACAAUGGAUAACAAAUAG